AUGAGUGCCACAGCAGAAAAAGAAUACAAGGACAUUCCAAAAAAGUAUAUUGAUCCGCUUGCCGAGAAAGAUAUCGGCGAAGGUCCUCGUGUCAACGGCAAAGAUUGGAAAAUCAAAAAAGACGCUUUCAGAGUCAAGUCGCUUGGUGUUCGGAAACUUAGCACCUGGAAGUUGAGAGAGGAAAAGAAACUCCAGGAAGAGCAAUACAAGCAACGGUUGAAGGAGUUGAAGCAAGAAAAGAAGGACGAGAGAAACAGAAGAAUCGAAGCCAUCAAGAAGAGAAGAGAGGCUAGAGAAGAAAAGGAAAGAUACGAAAAGAUCGCCGAAAAGAUGCAUGCAAAGAAGGUGGAGAGAUUGAGAAGAAAGGAAAAGAGAAACAAGCUCUUGAGAGAACGUUAG